AUGGCGUCCUCCUCGCAGCUCGACUUCGUGACCGUGGAUGUCUUCACCUCGCAGCCAUACGGCGGAAAUCCGCUGGCCAUUGUGCGCAUCCCGCCCGGCCGGACUCUAAGCCAGGAACAAAAGCAAACAAUCGCGCGAGAGUUCAACCUAUCGGAGACGACCUUCUUGCACGAGCACGCGGAUGGUGCGGCAGAGGACCAAUGGACCGUCGACAUCUUCAUGACCUCGCGAGAACUGCCGUUCGCCGGACACCCUACCGUGGGCACGGCCUGCUAUGUCUUGGGAAGGACGGCUCGGGAGCGUGGCGUCAGCAGCGGUGUCAUGGAAGCGAGCUUCAACCUGAAAGCUGGGAGGGUCGGGCUGCGGUACGAUUGCGGCAAGAAGACGGCGAAGGCUUCGAUCCCUCAUGACGUUCAUAUCCACAAUAAGAGCUACACCAAGGACAGUUUGUUCGCUCUCCAGCCGCAAUUGGCUGAAGCCCAUCGGCAAGGCAAAGUUAAAGUCAAAGAUGAACAUGCCAUCGUCUCGAUAGUCAAAGGCAUGACAUUUGUUCUGGUCGAACUGGAAUCUGAAGAGGCACUGAGCAUGGUAUCGCUAGCUGGCCAGUCUCUCUCCGUCGAGGGCCUGGAUCAGGGCUGGGACGAGACGUUCAUUGGGACAUAUUUCUUUGUUCGGGCGGGAACGAGCGACCAUGGCGUAACGAAGCUAAGGACGAGGAUGAUCGAGGGUCCGUUGGAAGAUCCGGCUACCGGUAGCGCCGCCAGCGAUUUGGCCGCAUAUCUGUCGCAGACAGCGGGAGAAGCAUCCAAGACGUUCAAGUACGAGAUCGUUCAGGGCGUAGAGAUGGGGAGACGAAGCGAGAUCUUCAUCGAGGUCGAGAUGAACGAGGACAAGAGUGUUGCGCAGCUGUUCUUGGAAGGCAAAGCAGUACAGGUCAUGGAGGGGCGGUUGACUGUCUAA